UCCGCGCAGGACUGCCCAGCCGCCGGGCCUUCCGAGUGGACAAGCUGCUGCCGGGUCCCGAGAAGCCCGCGAACCGGCGAGCCCGCGCCGUCAAUUCUGCGGAUGGCUUUCGCGUCUUCCGCCUUCGUGGAUUGCUGAGAGCAACCAUGUUCAACCAACAAUUCCAGCAGCAACAGCAACAGUUGCAGCAGCUGCAGCAGCAGCAGCUCCAGCAGCAGCAGUUGCAACAGCAGCAGCAGUUACUGCAGCUCCAGCAGCUGCUGCAGCAGUCCCCACCGCAGGCCCCCUUGCCCAUGCCUGUCAGCCGGGGCCUCCCCCAGCAGUCGUCACCGCAACAGCUUCUGAAUCUCCAGGGCACCCACUCGGCCUCCCUGCUCAAUGGCUCCAUGCUGCAGAGAGCUUUGCUGCUUCAGCAGCUGCAAGGAUUGGACCAGUUUGCAAUGCCACCAGCCACGUAUGACAGUGCCGGCCUCACCAUGCCCACGGCAGCAUUGGGCAACCUCCGUGCUUACAACAUAACGGCCCCCAGCCUACCAGCACCCAGCCUUACACCUCCCCAGAUGGUCACCCCAAAUCUGCAACAGUUCUUUCCGCAGGCCACACGCCAGUCCCUGCUGGGCCCUCCUCCUGUUGGGGUCCCAAUGAACCCUUCUCAGCUCAGCCACUCAGGGAGGAACUCCCAGAAACAGGCAAGAACUCCUUCCACUACCCCCAAUCACAAGGAUUCUUCUUCCCAGACAGUGCCUGUGGGAGACAGGGAGGACCCCACAGAGGGGUCUGAAGAGGCCACGGAGCUCCAGAUGGACACACCUGAAGACCAAGAUUCCCUAGUCUCCCCAGACGACAUGGAGACCCCAGUGCUUGACCCUGAGCCCUUUGAGGAAUUAGAACCACCAGCUAAGAGGCCCAAGAGCUCAGAGGAGGCCACAGAGAAAGGGCCUAAAGGGCAGCCACAAGCAAAGGUCCAGCCUCAGACCCAGAUGACAGCACCAAAGCAGACACAGACCCCAGAUCAGCUGCCUGAGCCACCAGGAGCCCAAGUCCUGACACAGUUGCAGCCCCAGGUUCUGCAGCAUCAGGCUCAGCUGCAGCCAAGGCUGCAGAAGCAGGCGCAGACCCAGACCUCUCCAGAGCACUUAGCACCACAGCAGAACCAGGUAUCCGCACAAGCACAGCCACAGGAGCAGCCUUCAGGACAGAUGCAAGAACAGACAUCAGAGAAGACUCAGGACGGGCCUCAGACCUGGCCACAGGGGUCAGCACCCCCACCAGCACAAGUGCCAGUUGUGGCCUGUGCCACAGAACCGCAGCCAUCUGGUGCUACAGAAGCUAGGGGAGGCCCAGAGGAGGCCUUGCCAGAACCAGUAAGUACCCAGGACAGUGAAGACACGAGCCAGGAGGCAUCACCUGGUGACCUGGAUGUGGGAGAGUGUGAAAAAAGAGCAAGAGAGAUGCUUGGGAUGUGGGGGGCUGGGGGCUCCCUGAAGGUCACCAUCCUGCAGAGCAGUGACAGCCGGGCUUUCAACACCACGCCCCUCACAUCUGGACUUCGCCCUGGGGACUCCACAUCUGCUGCCCCUGCCCUUGCCAGCAUACCCUCCCAGCAGACCCUCCAAUUCUUCUGCUAUAUCUGCAAGACCAGCUGCAACAGCCAGCAGGAGUUCCAGGACCACCUGUCAGAGGGUCAGCACCAGCAGCGGCUUGGGGAAAUGCAGCGCUCGAGCCAGACCUGCCUGCUAUCCCUGCUGCCCAUGCCUCGGGACAUCCUGGAGAGAGAGGCGGAAGAUCCUCCACCAAAACGCUGGUGCAACACCUGCCAGGUGUACUACAUGGGAGACCUGAUCCAGCACCGCAGGACACAGGAGCACAAGAUCGCCAAACAAUCCCUGAGGCCCUUCUGUACCAUCUGCAGCCGUUAUUUCAAGACCCCUCGAAAGUUUGUGGAACAUGUGAAAUCUCAGGGACACAAAGACAAGGCCAAGGAGCUGAAGACACUUGAAAAGGAGAUAGUGAACCCAGAGGAGGAGCACUUCAUCACAGUGGAUGCCGUUGGUUGCUUCGAGAGUGAUCAAGAAGAGGACGAGGAUGAUGAGGAAGAGGAAGAGAUUGAGGCUGAGGAGGAAUUCUGCAAGCAGGUGAGGUCAGGAGAUACAUCCUUAGAGGAAUGGAAAGGCUCAGAGACUUACAGCCCCAACACUGCAUAUGGUGUGGACUUCCUGGUGCCCGCGAUGGGCUAUGUCUGCCGCAUCUGUCACAAGUUCUACGACACUAACUCAGGAUUGCGGCUCUCCCACUGCAAGUCCCUGGCCCACUUUGAGAACCUGCAGAAAUACAAAGCAGCCAAGAACCCCAGCCCUGUCAGCAGGCCCGUGAGCCGCAGAUGUGCGAUCAACGCCCGCAAUGCCCUGACUGCACUGUUCACCUCUAGCAGUAGCGGUGGCCGCCUGCCCAGCCAGCCCAGCUCCCAGGACACAGCAAAAAUACCCAGCAAGGUGAAGCCUGGAUGCCCCAGGCCCCCUCCUUCCCUUCGGCGCUCAGCUCGCCUCAAAACCUGAUAGAGGGAGCUCCGGCCAGCCAGCCUGACUAGGGCCCGGCCUGCUAAUGUUUUCUAGGUACUGCGUGGAGAUGUUCACGUGGUUGAUGUUAUUACUCAAAAUCCAAUAAAGAGUUGCUCCGCUUUGC